AUGUUUCCCGAGAAACAGGCCACCAGGGAUGCCGAUCAUCAGGUCCGCAACGGCCACAGGGUUCCGGCCAUUCGUCAAUUUCUCAACGUGAUCGGCUGUGCAUUGGCGAUCCCCCUGUACUACCUGACGACGGCGCACAGUCGAUAUCCAGUCACGCUCGAUAUCAUCAUCACCAUCGCGUUUACCGAACUGAACCGUUAUGUUAUCGAGGGAUGUCGGAUGGCCUUCUUUGGUCAGCACCAGCACCAGCGUGAUGGUCGCGAUACUCCCGAUGAAAUAGAUGAGAAAGCAGCCAUCUACUCCGAGAGUCAGCCAGAACCGCCGAGGUUGGAGUGUCUGGCUGCAGUGGUUGGAUGGCGAGAGGACCCCUCGCUAUAUGCUCGCGCCCUUGAGAGCUACAAAUCGUCGAGCGCAUGUGUAUUCCUGCUUGCUGGUAUAGACGGAGACGACGCCGAGGACCAGGAUAUGGCCAGGGUAUUCAAGAAGAUUUAUCCAGAGCAAUCGGCAGUCAUCCAAAUACCGGAACCGUUUGGAGAGGUCGCCGAGCGAGUCCGAGCAAAUGUUAUCGCUCAAAACCGCCACCAUGAUCAUCCAGUUGAUGACCAGGAGGCCGAUGCUAUCACGAUGAAAUAUUGCAUCGAGUUGGCAAAAGGGAUCCUGGUUGAACACAACCUCCGGAUCGGCGCACCGGGUGGGGUGCGGCACCUGUGUCUCAAGCAGCGCCACAUGCACAAGAAGGGGAUCAUGUUCACGGCCUACGUGUUCUCUCUCGUCAUCGCCGACAUUCUGGGCGUUGAAUUUCUCUGGUCUUCUGAUUCUGACACCAUUGUCUUCCCCGAUUCGCUCGAGCGUACCAUCAACACCAUCGCGGCAGACCCCGGGGCUGGCGGGGCAAGUUCCGGGCUCGUCGUUCACAACUCGCAAGAAACAACGAUUACGAAACUCGCUUCAGCCGUGUACUGGGGCGAACUGUACCUCACACGGUCCACGCCUGCUUGUACUGGAACGAGCGAUUGCCAGAGUGGCCCGAGUACCGCCUUCCGGCUGGCUGCUUUGCCCGAGAUCCUCAUUCCGUGGUAUCUUCAGAAGGCGCUUGGCAAGCGGAUGAUUGUGAAUGAGGACCGCCAUCUCACGACAAACCUCCUGCUCAGAGGGUGGAAGGUGAUGUUUGCGUCGGACGUGCUCACGGCGACGGAUACGCCAACGACCAUGGCCAGGUGGCUGAAACAGCAAGUUCGUUGGGCGAGAGCGACUCAUAUCGAGUCUCUGCUCCAUCCUCGCGUAUAUGCCACGAGUCACCCGCUUUUGUUCUACGGCAUGGCAAAACGCGAGUUUGGACCUGCCAUCGGUGCCAUUGCAAUUAUAUGGUACUUCUUCACCUCGCAACAGCUCGUCGUCUUUUCCAUGAGCGAUCUCCUACUCCGGGUUGUGAUCGGCUCCUGCUACAAUAUUGUGAGGAACCCCGAUAGGCUGACAGGAGAGGGUUUGCUCUGGGUUGUCCCAAGCAUCCUAUUCUACUACAUCCCACUCCCGGCUGUUCAUCUAUGGAGCAUGAUGACCAUGGGUGCAGAUGGAUGGGGGACCAGCAUGCGGGCCAGUGGCGAGCGAGCGCGGAGGGAAAGUCUGAAGAAAGCAUGGUUCGAGACAGGCUUCUUUGUCGUGUGGAUGGGAAUCCUGUCUGGAGUUCUGGCAAAGAUCCUCGGGCUCUAUUUCGGUAUCGUUUGGCAUGAGAGGAUGGCUGCGAUAAUAGUCAGCUCUCUCUUGGGAUCAUUUGGGGCUUGGAGCAUUACAAUCGGCGCAUCAUAG